AUGAUGCACACAAGCUACGAGCUAGGCCAUGGACCCCUGUCGGCUGACGACGUGACAGACCCGUCGGUCGACAUCCCGUGCGACGUCGAGUCCAAGCCGGAACCCCGACACCCGCCGCCUGACGUCAUCGAGGAGCCCAAGCCACCGCCUGUCAUACACCCACCAGCCGGAGAGCCACUGGUCAAGGAGCCACCACCUGUCGAGGAGCCUCCGGCACCGGUCAACCUGCUUGUGGAACCACCACAUGUGGACGAGCCACCCGCCGAAGAGCCAUUGAUGGACCCACCACCCACCCAGGAGCCUCUGGCGCCGGUCGAACCACUCGUGGAACCACCACCCAUCGAGGAGCCACCUGCCGAAGAGCCGCCGGUGAACCCACCACCCACCGUGGAGCCUCCGGCACCGGUCGACCCGUAUGUGGAACCGCCACCCAUGGACCCACCAUCGGCUGAGGAGCCAAGGCCUGCUGCAGAACCACCUGCCAAGGAUCCUCCGGCGCUGGUUGAGGAGCCACUUCACGUGGAACCGCCUCCAGUGCUGGAGCCACAUCCCGUGGACCGAACACCGGUCCAGGAGCCACCUAGUGCACCACCAGCAGAGGCGAAGCCAUCCGAGGGCAGCGACGAAUCGAGUAGUAGCGCUGGUGAGGACAACGGCGAGGAGGGCCGCCGCAAGGGCAAGCGACGUCGUGGCGGGAUAGGACAACGGAGGCGCACGCGGCGUGCGAGGUUCCCGUGGGGCAUGUUGGUUGCUCCUGCCGUGAUCCUGCUCACUGUCGCAGUGGCCGUGGCCAAGAGACGGCAGCAGCCGCAGCGCGGUGGUUGA